AUGCCGUCUGCCAUCUUACAAGAACCGAAGCCCGACGAGCCACGACGUGUGCCACUGGCGGAAGAAGAUGUCAGGAAGGGAUCCUACUCGGCGCCAGCCCUGCAGAUGGCCCUUGAAGGCCUACAUCAGGACGGGAUGGUUGUGCUCAAGGGCGUUGUGGAUCCUAAGCACUGCGACAUCCUGCACAAACAUAUGAGCGGAAAGAAACUGCAGAAUGCUGAUGAAUGCGUCGAGGAUCCAGCGAAUAUAUUACAGGCACCUCCAUUCACGAAGCCAGAGCUGUUGUUUGAAGAUGUCCAUUUCAACCCAUAUCUCGGGGCCAACCCCAAAUGGAUCAUGUCCACGGGCAACAACGCCCUCGCCGGUACAGGUGGCCUUCGGCAGCCCGUCCACAAGGACACGCGCUUCCGCCACCCAAAGUGUCCGUUCGUCAUCGUGGCCAACACAGCGCUUAACGACUUCACCCUCGAAAACGGCGCGACCGAGUUCUGGCUCGGUUCACACGCCUUCACCGACGAGCGUGAUCAGACCGUCGCCACGCCGGAGACGGUCUUUGGGAAACAACGGAUCGGCACGCCGUCGUGUCCGGUGCUCGAGGAGGCUAUUGAGGCCCGACGAGCCGUGAGGCCGCCUGUGCGGGCGACCAUGGAUAAAGGGGAUGUGAUGUUGAGAGAUUUCAGGACGUGGCACGCCGGAAUGCCCAACGCGACGGAACAGGAUAGGAUCAUGGUCGCGCAGAUUUGGAUGGCACCGUGGUACCCGAACUUCAUCACCCGUCUCAACCUCCCCCUCUCCCAGUCCGAGUGGUUCCAGAGCCGGGCCAACAAACUCCCCAUGGAGAUCAUGGCCAACUAUAUCGCCGACGACGCCGUCGAGUUCGACCAGCACCGCGACAACUUCUCCAUGGAGCCGAGUCAUUACCUCGACUACUACGACACGGCGCCGCAGAAUUAUAGAUAUGAUUGA